GGAAAUCGACUGUAACUGAUGCAUUAGUCUGUCGAAAAGAGUCCCGUUCUCUUGUUUCAAGCACUGAAGGACGGACUCACGGCCCUACGACGGACACACCCGAGGGAACUCUUGAAGCCGUCGAGAGCUAGCGUGUCGUCUAGAACGGUAGACUCGAGUACUCGACCACCGACGCUCUGAGUGAGGUAUUUAACUACCUUUUCACUAUCAGUUUGUGACAAACACUUUUUGUUUGCCGCAGCCCCCGUGCCAUAUGAUUGCUUCGCUGACAUGUUCGAAUAUGGUGCCAUCGAUACAAACAUUAAACACGAUAAGCCUGGUGAUAAAAUGCUGUCGGAUUGGAACCAGUACAUUUGCGUAGUUACCUUUGACUUGGAGUUUGGCCCGACGGUGGAGGUCUACCCCAACGACAUCAAAUUAUCCAUGGAAGUCAAACCUAACCUCUGUUACCUGGCAUUUCUCAACUCCAAUUCCAGAUGCAUGGGAGUCACCUAACUCCAUGUCAAGAAAAAGUGUUCUCAACCUUCAAAUCUCGGUCAACGCCAUAUAAACAAUUUUGCAAAAUUUAUGGGUAAAUUUAAGCCACGGUUUCACUUAGCCGUCGUUUU